AUUACUGGGACCUGCUAGUACAAUCAGUGUACAGACCUUAUCAGAAUAUCUAUCUGGUCCAGUUGGUCAGUAUCCAGUAUCAUGGACACUACAUGGGCUGUUAUCUCAUGGAGUGUACCUAGUUAUAUUCCACCAGACUAUCCCAUUAUCACUUAUGAGAUAGGAUAUCAUAUUCUUUUUAACAGGCUUUGCUGUUCAAUGGUGAAUGACAAUGACAUUGAUAUUCAUAUGUCACAUCUCUAUAAUUCAACCAGUGACAGUACAUUUAUUAACAUUACUGGUCUUAAUGAUAAGUCUUGUUAUAUUUUUGGUGUACGUGCAUACACUGAUAGAGGACCAGGAAACUGGAGAGUUAUUGCUAAUGAGACAUUGAUCAGUACUCAAUUUGUGACUUUAACACUAGUACAUGUACUCACUAGUACAAGUACAAGUACUAGUACUCAAGAAGUAUGCAUAGGAUCAACUAAUACAGCGUCUGAAUUUGUUGAUAAUAUUAGUAUUGGACUGGUUGCAGUGGUUGGAUUAUUAUUGAUAUCACUAGUUAUUAGUAUUAUUAUUCACAUCUACUGCUUAAUCAAGCUUAAAUCCUAUUAUACAGUCGCUAAUAAAGAAACAAAUAAAUUCAGUGUUGAUGCUAUACCAAUGCAAGCAUGUGAACCCUAUGGAAUACACAAGGCUAAAGAAAUUACAAGAGAGGCAGUAUAUGAAGAUAUCAAUGUUGAUGAAGCUAUAUAUGAAACAUAGCAACCUCUAGUAACUGCUACAACUAAUGUUUUCUGUCCUUAAUUUACUGUUACUGUAUGUGUGCUAAUAUUAAUAGUAUUUAAAGUAA